CUUGCAUCCCAAUAGAGAAAAAAAUUUGUAGCUGGCAAUCAAUGGAUUCAAUUUCAACCCAAAUCUCUGUCAUCUCUCGCUGCCAUCAUCUUUAUGCUCAUCACGUUCCUCAAAGCCCUGUUUAUCAAUUUCGUUUCGGACCCAGAAACAAGCACAAAAAAUGGAGCUCAAACCAGAUCAGAUCAAUCAAAAUAUUUAAUACCCAGUUCAUCGUUAAUAAAAAAAACUGACCCCAAAAUCUGAGCUGUUAGUUCUUCCAUUUAACUCAUAGUUUGUAGCGUUUUUUUUUUGUUCUGCCAGCUUUUUUAGUGCGAAGUCAACCGCAAAAGACAAUCCCCCCAUCAUUAUUUCGCCACCAUUUGGGCGCGUUCAUUGCGGGAUCCUCUCUCUCUUUUCCCUCAAUACAAUGUGAAGAAUCUUUCCGUUAUUUGAUGCUGAAAUCGAGCCGGAUCAUGAAUCCAUUUGACUGAAUGAACGAACGAGAACGAACAAAACAAGCAUGGAAUUGAAGAAAGGGAAAUUCGUGAGGUUUUACUCCAAUGAGAAGAAGAAUCUUGAGCUUCCAUGGGAGAAAAACGAUGGUAAGAGGCGUUUUGAGUUCGCAUUACCAUUUUUCAAAAUGGGGACUGCUCCAUUAACGAAUGCGAUUGGGGAUAAAGGUAAAAUUAGUUCAGAUUUAGGGAGAUUCAAGAUUUUUGUGGAGAAUAAUGAGGCACAACGGAAGUGGAUUCUUAACCCUGAAAGUGAAACGAUUCUGAGAUGGAAUAGGGUUUUUCUGUUCUCUUGUUUGACAGCUCUUUUCGUUGAUCCUCUUUUCUUCUACCUUCCUUCAGUGAUUCACCAUAAUAGAUCGUCUUGUAUGACUACUGAUUUCAAUUUGGGAAUUGCUGUGACUGUUUUUCGCACUUUUGCCGAUGUGUUCUAUCUUUUUCAUAUGGUUUUGAAGUUCCGGAUGGCUUAUGUUUCACCUACUUCGAGAGUUUUUGGGAAAGGUGAACUUGUUACUGAUCCAAAGAAGAUUGCUAAACGUUACUUGACGUCUGAUUUCUGUAUAGAUCUGAUUGCUUCUCUGCCUCUUCCUCAGAUUAUGAUAUGGUUUAUAAUGCCAGCAAUUAGAAGCUCUCAUGCAGACCAUACAAACAAUACUCUUGUGUUAAUAGUUCUGCUUCAGUACAUUCCAAGGUUCUACCUGAUCUUCCCAUUGAGUUCCCACAUUAUCAAAACUACUGGUGUUGUCACAAAGACUGCUUGGGCAGGAGCUGCUUAUAACCUUGUAUUGUAUAUGCUAGCUAGUCAUAUCUUAGGAGCAGCAUGGUACUUGCUGUCUGUGGAGCGCCAUGCCAUGUGCUGGAAGUUCACCUGCAGAAGGGAAUUCAGUCCUACGAAAUGCCAUCUCGACUAUCUCGAUUGUGGUACUUUAAAUGAUGUCAACCGUAGGAUAUGGGAAGUAAACACAACAGUAUUUACCCAAUGUUCUCCCGAUGAAGAUGUCGUUUUCAAUUACGGGAUAUUUGCCAAUGCAAUCUCGAAAAACGUCAUCUCGUUUGGGUUCGCUCAAAAGUACUUCUACUGUCUUUGGUGGGGCUUACAGAACUUGAGUUCCUAUGGUCAGGGUUUGGAGACAAGCACCUUCAUAGGAGAAACUUCGUUUGCUAUCCUCAUUGCUAUAAUGGGUUUGGUCUUGUUUGCUCAUUUGAUUGGUAAUAUGCAGACUUAUUUGCAAUCCAUCACCGUGAGACUGGAGGAGUGGCGGGUGAAGCGGCGAGACACAGAGGAGUGGAUGAAUCAUCGGCAGCUCCCCGAAGAUUUACAAGAACGUGUGCGGAGAUUUGUUCAGUAUAAGUGGCUUGCAACGCGAGGUGUUGACGAAGAAUCCAUCUUACAAGCCCUUCCAACCGAUCUUCGUCGAGAUAUUCAGCGUCACUUGUGCCUCGACCUUGUUCGACGUGUUCCUUUCUUUGCACAAAUGGAUGAUCAGCUUCUCGACGCGAUCUGUGAGCGAUUAGCGUCGUCUUUAUGUACGCAAGGCACGUUCAUUGUUCGUGAAGGAGAUCCUGUUACCGAGAUGUUCUUCAUCAUCCGAGGAAUGCUCGAGAGUUCCACGACAGAUGGAGGAAGAUCAGGUUUCUUCAAUUCAAUAACAUUGAGACCUGGAGAUUUUUGUGGAGAAGAGCUUCUCGCUUGGGCAUUGCUACCAAAAUCAUCAAUCAGCUUGCCAUCUUCUACUAGAACAGUUAGAGCAAUCACUGAAGUAGAAGCCUUUGCUCUACGAGCCGAGGAUCUCAAAUUCGUAGCGAACCAGUUUCGACGUCUCCAUAGCAAGAAGCUUCAACACACGUUUCGGUUUUACUCUUACCACUGGAGAACAUGGGCUGCUUGCUUCAUUCAAGCAGCAUGGCGUCGGUUCAAGAGGAGAAUCAUAGCAAAGACGCUCAGUAUUCAGGAGUCUUUUUCGUUGAAUCCCAAAAAGCCAAUGGCCGAUGAAGCCGAGCUAGAAGAGGAAGAACAUAAUCCACGAUCUAAUUAUUCUCAAGCAAAACAAAACCUCGGCGUCACGAUAUUGGCGUCGAGGUUUGCUGCAAACACACGUAGAGGAGCACAAAAGCUUAAGGAUGUUAACUUAAUGAAGCUGCGAAAGCCUGACGAGCCAGACUUUUCUGAAGAACCAGAUGAUUAACUUGUUGAAAAGCUGUACUAUAAUAAGAAUCUCACUUGUAUAUUAUUAUCAUUACCUUUCAUUCUUUCAUUU